AUGAUUUUUAAGGCUAAAAGUGUCAAAUACAUUCGUAUUGAUGGGCGGACAUCAUCAGAGCAAAGGAAUUUUUUCUGCAGAGAGUUUCAAUCAAAGGAUGACUACAGAGUAGCCAUCCUGUCGAUCACUGCAGCCAAUGCCGGGCUGAAUCUUUGUGCUGCUAAUUUGGUUGUGUUUGCUGAAUUGUUCUGGAACCCUGGGGUAAGACACAAUUUUUUAUUUGAGUAAGUGUUUAAAAAAAUGUGCAUGUUUAAUAAUAAUACAUUUUAUGUAAAUACAAUAUUAACUGUAGGCAGUGGUUCCCAAACUUUUAAGUUUGGCGGACUGGUGAACAAGUUUCGAAAUUUUACCAGGGACCAGUGCAUGAUUUAUUUUUAUACUUUUAUUUCUAUUUGACAAUAAAUAGUUAUGUUAUGGGGACCGGCAGCGUUAGGCAUGCGGACCGAUGAAGGUCCACGGACUGCCAUUUGGGGACCACUGACUGUAGGGAUGGGGGGUUUGAAUGUUUAUUCUAAUUUGAUAUUUAUCUCUGUUGAAUGGAAAAGUCUGGUAAAGAGUCAAAUGUAUAAUUGAUUUUUAAAAAUAAUGAAAUUAGAUUUUAGUGCAAGCAGAAGACCGUGUUCAUCGUAUAGGUCAAGCUGACUCAGUGAGUGUUCAGUAUUUGGUGGCCAGAGGGACAGCUGAUGAUUACAUCUGGUAGGUGCAAAUUUACAUUUAUUGCUAAUACUGUUAUCCCGGGCAUCAAGUGAAUUGUUUAAUUUAAAUCUUGCAAGACAUAAACCAAUUGUGGCAAUAAUUUAGCAAAUAACUUCAGGCCUCUGGUCCAGGACAAACUGAACAUCCUCAGUAAAGCUGGUCUUACAAGAGAUGAUUUUUCAGAUGCAAGCACCAAAGUUAUGCAAACAAUGGUAAGUAAUUAAUCUCAUUUUGUGAACGUUUUCUUUGGGUGCAUAAACCGUUUACAAUUAAGAAAAUUGUUAAACACGGUAGGUUGAAGCUUGUAAAAGUCCUUGUUCAACAAUUUUCGUCUCGCAGCUUGAAUACAGUCCUUCAUUUAUUAACAUUUGCAAGGCUUGUUAAUGAUGUUUGCUGAUAUUAUCUUAAAAAUUCCACAUUAAGGAGGCCAUAUGUUCAUGGUUUUUGUUCUCUUGCAUAAUGUUCCAUGUUAUCACAUAUUUAUAGAUUUUCUUAUGAAUUAUCAAAUUGUUGUCAGUAAAACGUUAAAUUUUUUGGUCCAAAAUAUAAAUAAUUAUACCAUAAUAAUUUACCCCUUCAGGACAAUAGCCAGUCUACUAUUCUAGACUUAUUUAGGUCAGAUUUUAUUGACGAUUCACCUGUCAUUGCAAGCUGCAGUAUUGAAUCUCUUCCUGAAUCUGAGAUGACAGCUUCAGUUCAAGCGGGUAAAUAUUCAAAUAUUUAUUAAGUCUUGGUGAUCAAUUUUUUUUUAAUGACAUUACAGAAAUUAAGAUUUUCUGAAGAAAAGUUUUAAUGACAUGUUUGUUAUAUUAGCUGUUUGAAAAUGAAACAUUGCGUCAUUCCAGAAACAUCAAAGAAAACUACAGUGACAAAUGCGUCCUCUCCAGUCAAGAAAACAUCACCAGGCAAAAAGAAAACACCAAUAAAAUUCAAGGGCCCAAGAACAGAGUUGACCCCCACUAAACGCCAAGCCAGCCUGACAGAUUUUUUCACAAGUACGCCACCUAAGAAAAUCCUGAGAUUGGAUGAUGCGUGUGGCAAAGCACCAGAGGAGUCGCCUGAGGAUAACGCAUUCACUGAAAACUCUACUCAAGCAACGGCUGAUAUCUCCCAGGAUGACCUCGUGGUCUUAGAAAGUGUUGACUGGGAUGAUGAUUUAUGAUUGCUGUCUGGGUAUUUUGGUACAGUGAAUGAUUUUGUUAUGCUGGUGUAUGAUGGCAGCCCGUCAUAUGGUUGACAAAACAGUUUGGUGACAGGACAGGACAGACAACAUGGCAACGGCAAGGCGUUGACGAUAACUAAUCAAAAUCAAAACAGUUCCAGUUGGCAUUGCUUGCUCAUGGCAAGAUGUUGAAAGUUACAACUUGUAAAUUUAAAUGAUUUUUAAAAAAUAUGCAUCAAAAUUUAACUGAAUAAAUACAACACCAAAGACAAAGACUACACAUUUCUUUGACAACUGAAAUUUUGCUCUAAACUAUAAUUAGAUUUUACUUUUAAAUGUUGGGAGAUCAUGUUACGUAUUGGGAGAUCGCGUUACUUAUUGUGAGACCAGGUUACUUAUUGGGAGAUCAUAUUACUUAUUGGGAGACCAUGAUACUUAUUGGGAGACCAUGUUACUUAUUGGGAGACCAUGUUACUUAUUGGGAGGCCAUGUUACUUAAGUCACCAUAAGGAACCUGGAGAAAAACUUGAGACGGAUGACUCCAUUAUGUUCAGUGUGAGACCAGCUAAGCCAGGUAAGCAAGCUAAGCCAGGUAAGCGAGCUAAGCCAGGUAACCGAGCUAAGCCAGCUAAGCCAGGUGUGCAAAGUUUCAAAGACAAAUGUCUUAGUAUGCAAAAACGUUUCGUUAGGAUUGAUGAGUUCACUGAUUAAACAUGCAACAUUUUAAAUCAUGAAGUUAUAGUUGACUCAACCUUUGAGGGUGGAAGAUCAUCUCCUUUCAAGUGGAUGAGAAAAUGUUAUAAAUCAUUUGAGUAUCAAAGUAUGAUGUCAAAAGAAAAUUUGUUAACAUGUUAAUCUGUUGUCUUAUGACCAUCAACUCCUCGGCUGGUUAUCUUUUGACUGUCUUAUGGUCUGUACACAAAUUGGAUCAGACUGACUGGCUUUUACUGAAAAUAUAUAUGGGGCAAGCCACCAGUGGGGCAUCUAAGCUGUGCACAUGUGUAAAUGCAUACACAUUAUGACACUUGCCCCCAGUAUGACACUUGCCCACAUUAUGACACUUUCCCACAUUAUGACACUUGCCCUCAUUAUGACACAUGCCCUCAUUUUGACACUUGCCCUAAUUAUGAUGUGCCCUCAUUAUGACACAUGCCCUCAUUAUGACACAUGCCCUCAUUAUGACACUUGCCUACAUUAUUAUGCUUGUCCACAAUUUUUAGGCUUGCCCACAUUAUGACACUUGCCCUCAUAUGACACUUUUCCUCAUUAUGAAAUAUUAAAUUAAACUUUGCACCAAAACUUGGUAAAUGAUUUGUUAUGAAAAGUCCUCAAUCCUGAUAUUAUUAAACAAAUACUUUUAAGCAUAGCUAUUUUUGACCUGUCAACACCUUGGCAACAUUUAAAACGGUGUGCUCAUAUUGUAAGAACAUAAAAUGAAAAACUUUGCACAUCAUGUUAUGUUUGGGAUUUUGUGCAAAGACAUGUGACAUUGAAAGGGAACAUUGGCAUUCCUCCUCUAUUACCCCUCCCCCAUCCUUUUUUUUUUCCGUUAUUUUUUUUUGAAAGGCCUUCUUUGAAUUCU